CACUCACUCCUCCCAUCCCUUAAAAAAACGCCCAACGCAAAUAAAUAAUAUCGUUCCAAGUCCGCCGCCGUCCCGGGUGGCCUCUCUUCCCUGCCCGGCUCCGCACGCUCCAGCCCUGCGGGAGGCGGCGGCGAGAAGCUGCUGCUCUGGGUGCGGCGCGGAGCGCCCGGGCGACAGGCGGGCGCAAGGCGGGCGCGCAGCCGACCGGUUGGCGCCGCACUAUGCUCCCCAGCGCGGUGGCAGCCCACGCCGGUGCGUACUGGGACGUUGUGGCUUCCUCCGCGCUCCUCAACCUCCCCGCUGCGCCCGGCUUUGGCAACCUGGGCAAGAGUUUCCUGAUCGAGAAUUUGCUGCGGGUCGGGGGCGCCCCGACGCCCAGGCUGCAGCCGCCCGCGCCCCACGACCCGGCGACCGCCUUGGCCACCGCGGGCGCACAGCUCCGGCCCCUGCCCGCUAGCCCAGUUCCCCUAAAGCUGUGCCCCGCAGCCGAACAAGUUAGUCCCGCCGGGGCGCCCUACGGAACGCGGUGGGCUUUUCAAGUGCUCAGUCCCUCUGCGGACAGUGCGAGGCUGCCGGGCCGGGCUCCGGGGGACCGAGACUGUACCUUCCAGCCUUCAGCGCCAGCACCGUCCAAACCUUUCCUUCUGAGUGCCCCGCCAUUCUACUCGGCGUGCUGCGGUGGGUCCUGUCGGCGCCCUGCAUCCUCCGCUGCUUUUCCAAGAGAAGAGAGCGUGCUGCCUCUCCUGACACAGGACUCUAAUUCCAAAGCUCGGAGGGGCAUUUUAAGAAGAGCUGUCUUUUCUGAGGACCAGAGAAAGGCUCUGGAGAAAAUGUUUCAGAAACAGAAAUAUAUCAGCAAAACCGACCGAAAGAAACUUGCCAUCAACUUGGGACUAAAGGAAUCACAGGUGAAAAUUUGGUUUCAGAACAGGAGGAUGAAAUGGCGGAAUUCCAAAGAAAAGGAAGUGCUUUCCAACAGGUGUAUCCAAGAAGUAGAUCUUCAAGAGGAUCUCCUCUCACGGUCUGCUCUGGGGUUCCCUUCUCCAUGUCCUUCAAUAUGGGACGUCCCCCAACAGCACUCAAGUCCAAGAUGGAGGGAGAAUUCUCCAGAACCUUCAGAAAGACUAAUCCAGGAGAGUUCAGGGGCACCACCCCCAGAAGCAAAUUCACUGCAAGGUGCCUUGUAUUUAUGUUCUGAAGAAGAAGCUGGAAGCAAGGGUGUACUUACUGGGGCCGUCUGAAUGGAAGCAUUCCUCCGUGUUAAUUUAAAAGAACGCUUAAUAGUAACAUUUGGACUCUAAUGCCAGCUAGCUUGUACCUCAUCAGUGCUUAGAGCCUAACAACUUUGGAGCGAUAUAUGAACUAAUGCUUUAGGAAACCCACUCCAGUGUUCUCUUGUUUGGCCCUAGACUCAGGCUUAAUUUGUAAGUGGAAUAGAAUCUCCCAGGAAGUAUGACAGAACUGAAAAGAAGGAGAGCAACAGCUGGCUCGGUCCCUGCUCUGAGUGUGUGUAUAUAUGUGUUUGUCUCUAUGUGUGUGUAUAUACAUGAAUAUCCAUUAAAAUGUAUUAGUAGAAGCUAGUUUCUCUUUAACUAUUGCAUUGAGUAAAUUCACUUCCUUUUAUGUGAAGAAAACUACCGUUGACAGAAUGUUAUUAACUUUUUGAAAAUAAUGUAAAAUUUGGACUUUAGUGCAAACUUUCAUACCCCAAAAACAUGUUUUUAAAAAUUUUCUAUUUUCUGACUUCUUUUGGUAUCCAGCUGUAAGUGAAUUUUAACAACUUAGCUCAGCAGUCCUCAACAAAUGAGCCACUGCUAGAUACAUACACUGAAAAUAUAUAUUUAAAAUGAACCUAACAAGCAAAUUAGAAGAAUUUCUGUAUAUAACUAUUAGUAUCCUUAGUCUCCAAGUCUCUGGACCAUCGGGCCAUCAUGAGGGAGAUACCCAUUUAACCAAUAAUUAUUUUUUGAUCUCUUCUCUGUAAAGAUGGGCCUAGACCAGGGUUUGCAAAAUAAAAUGCCUUUAAGAGCCUGUCAGGUAAAUAGAGGGUAUGGCCCACCCAGAAAUAUUUGAGUCAAGUAAUUUUUCAAAUACUGUAUUGGCCAAACAAAAUGUCUAUGCCAAGAAGUUUGUGACCUCUGGCCAAGACUAAAGAAAGCCGUGGUGUCACAGUUCUUAAAAUUUUUCUAACUGGACUUAAAACCACAAUACUAACAGAAUCAAUGAUGAUUUCUGUUUGCGCUUCUAGUUAGGGACUCAAUUUUCCACUUAGGUGGCAUACACUUUAUAUAUCAGGUUAUUUUUAUGUAUUAACAAACACCACACAGAUGUUUUGUGUUUUUUGACUACCCUGAAAUUGUAUCUUUCUAAAAUUGCAUUUCUGGUAACGAUUUGCUGAGUUAAUCCAGAAGUUUUUACUCCAGGACCAAGAAGAAAUUAUGUUUCACUUUGAAGGAAAUGAAACAAAAAUAGGAAAUGAUGUGGUUUUGCAUUAAACUCGUAUCAAUCUGUGGACAAGAAACACUAUCAGAAGUUCAUUAAGUGGCAUUUUGUUAGUGAGUAAGCUGCAUAAUGAUGGUGGCUUCUAAUUUGCUGAACUCCGCUAGAGUCUGAGAAGUUAACGUCUUUCGAGGGUUUAGUGUUUAGAAAAGAUAUUUCAGGAGAUAACGGUUUUAAUCAACAGCAGGAAAUUAUUUUGUACAAAUAGAAUUGGACUUGGUAUGUCAACCUGUGUCUUUACCACAUGAUCUUUUACUUAAAAGUCAUUUUAGAAGCGUGUCUCAGUGCCUCAUUGUGGGGAAUGGGAGCAGGGAUCUGCUGACAAAAGUUAAAAUUUAAAACCUGUCUUAAAAUGAUUUAUAGUAUGGUUUCUAUUCUUAUAAUGUUAACCUCAUUUACAUUUAUAGGGUACUUCCUAUGUGCUAGAGACUAUGCUAAGCAUUUAGGGUGGAUUAGCUCAUCUAAUCCUCAUGGCAAUAACCCUAUGAUGUAGACAGUAAUUACUAUCAGGAUUCCUGUUACCCAGACAAGGAAACUAAGGCAGAGUAUGGUUGGGGUAAUAAUCCAAGAUCAUUAAGUUAAUAAAUGGGAUUUGAACCCUGACACUCAAGUUUUGAAUCUUGGAAUCUUACCAACCAUGUGGGGAUUGCAUACCAGUGUGAUGUAUUCACACAGCUAUGGGAUGCAUUGUAAGAGUUACAUUUUACGGAUUGCAGUGAGACUUAUUAAAGAAAUUCAGAAGCUUUACCAUCUUACUUGGGGAAUGAUUUUAUCUUCAGGAUUGUCUUUUCUAUUAGAUUUUGAACUUUAAGGAAAUUAAGGAAUUACAAAAUCCUUCAACUAUGAAGCCUCUAUAGAAAAUAGUCCCAUAGGAGUGUUUAAGCAUGAUCACUGUUAUCAUAUAUAUAUAUAUGUGUGUAUAUAUAUGUGUGUGUAUAUAUAUAUAUGUGUGUGUAUAUGUAUAUCACUCACUGCUAAAAUCAUAAAAUGCUUAUCUGUGGUCAGUGCUUCUUGAGAAUAACUUGAAAAUCAAAUAAGAGACACCUCUGUCAUGGCCAUCUGAUAACACAGGUUGGGCUCAUUGGUUCUUAAAUGAUCUUCCCUCGGGGCCUAACCCAGCAGAGGCAUCUAAGACCCAGCAGAGGCAUCUCACUGUAAAAUUAGCUUGAUAUUCAAAUAGACAAAUCAAGCUUUUAAUUGUUUUCCACUUUGGAAUGUGUUAACACUUAGGAAAAGUAUGCUUUAGAUGGAUAUAUUACUGGUACUUAGGAAACACACACAAAGAUACACACACAGUACACAUAUGUAUGCCUGGUGUGCUUUCACUUUGCCUUCACUUCCCUGAAUGGCUGGAGAGAGUGGCUGAGCCCCCUAUCCUGUUGAAGGGUCUCCCUUCUCUCUUGUGCUCUGCUAACCAUCCUUCCUCCCCUCAUGUAAUUAUGUAUUUUUCUCUGCCAUCUAGAUGCAGACUCCUUUUCUUCAGUUGAUCACAUAUUGGUAGAUUUGUUGUCUGCUUUCCAGACAAAUAGUGCUGUAGUGAGAGCCAGGGCCAUAGAAGCCUGGAGCCGAAGCAUUUUAAUUAAAAAAAAAAAAUUGUCGAAAGGAUCUUAAUCAGAUGAGAAAAAAAUGGUGAGCAUUAUCCCCUAAGCUUUCAGAAAGAUAAAUACUUAGAGUUGGAAAUAUAUAAACAGGUUGGGGAUCAUCACUGGCUCUGGAGACAACGAAGACCAUGAUCAUUAAUGUUUAAAGGGCAGUUCUAUUUUCGUAGUAAUAUGGUGGUUUGAAUGGGGAACACAAUUAUUCAGUCCAGUGGUUGUCAAACUAUAAAAGUGCAUGUCCAUGAACAUGCCAUACCUUCCAACCAGUUUUGGAUAUGUACUCAGAUUUGGACAUACACUUCAUGCAUACUGCUUCAAAAUCCUGCCACACCACACCUCUCAAGAAUCAUUUGAAAUAUACACUUUUGUUCACUUUUCAAAUACAAAUCACAAUUAAACAUGUUUGUCCAAGCCACAAGUGUUCUUUCUGGCCCCCUUCACUCCACUUUCUGAUGCAUUCCUUUAAAAACUACAUACUCCCCAGUGUGCUGCAUGACCCCUCCCUUGAUGACUAAUGGUUCCAUGAAGCCUAUUCUGUUGCAUACAUAAGCUUGUUAGACACUGUGUUUCGGCUAUCUGAAAUUUCCCAAAAUAUUUUUUCUUUCUAAAUUUCAGCACUUACUGGGUACUAUGUGUGAAGCCUUAUCCUAGCUCUAUCUAAACAAGUAUGAUGAAGCGCAUGGUUCUUGACCUCAAGGAGCUUAUAAUCUAGUCUUCUUGCCAAGAAGAAAUUCUGUGACAUUUUCCAUGCCGCUGGUGAUGGGAUCCAGUGAAUUUGGGGCAAAAAAUAAGCUCCUGACAUCCUCCAACACCUCAUCUUCCAUUUGCAAUGCAAGGUUCUUCCAUGAUCCACCAUGCAGAAAAAUGCAAGCUGCUUGACCCUGCUGCUUUUUUGUGCUGUCCCUCCUCCAUUCAGGCCACAGUGGACCCAAAAGGAGCCAGAAAGAGUCCAGGGAAGAAUUCAGUAGCUUCCCUUUGUUCAAGGUGUACCCUAUUUCUAUUUUUCUUUCCACCUUCUCAGCCUCAGAUCAGCUUAUACCUAUGGUAAGUGGGACGAGAGAAGAAAAAGCAAAUAAUGCAAGCGGGGGGAUAUCAGGAUGAAUGUUCUUUAAUACAUAUGGAAAAUUUUGCAGAAUUAAUUUAUGUCCUUUACAAACAAUUUCUGAAAUAAGCAACUACCCUAAAGACAUAGCAAUAGUCUAACAAAGAUGGCCCUUAGUUUCCAGCUACUACUUCAGUUCUAUUACAUUAUUAUUUCUGGUUAUAAAGAAGCACACUUGAAAAUAUAGCUAACAAAGUGAAGUUCAUAUGUAAUUCCACCAUCUGGAGAUAGCCAGCUUAGCUCUUUUGUGAAACAUUUUCAGUCAUUUUUUGAAUGUAUAUAUAUGUAAUUAUGUGUGUCUAAACAAAUUUGGACCAUAGUGUAUAUCCAGUUUAUUCUACUAUUUUUUGCUCAAUUUUGUACACAGAACAUUGCCCCAUGUCAUUAAAAAUUACUUGAAACUGUU